UAUGUGCGGGAGAGUCAAGCGGACUCUUCACUGUUCUGACUCGGCACUGCGCGGUGGGAGAAGACCAGCAACAAAAACACACAACGAGGAACUCCGUCUAACUUCUCUGAGUAUCAGACCACAUCUAAAACUAGACUCUUUAAGUUCCGCAUCUCUUGCACAAACUAAGCCAGUGGCAAACUAAACGCAUUCGCAUCCAAAGGCUCCAGGUCGGUCCUCAAAUGAGAGAUCAUCUGCGACUGUCUUCUCCUGAAGAAACAGAAAUGUCUGCGACCAUCCUGUCCGCUCUUUACGACAUCGACAUGCUGUACAAGCAGGAGAAGAGCCUCAACAUUAACGCCUUACACAUUAACAGCAUGCUGGAUAAGAAAGCUGUCGGGGCUCCGGUAACGACCUCCAGCAGCAGCACCAACAACUGCAACUCGUACGCGUCAGGAUUCUGCCGUCGAAACUCCACCAGCAACAUGGAGUCCAUGACGAACUGCAACAAGUACCCCGCCAGCUCCUACAGCAGCAUGAAGGAGAACGCCAUCAUGAACAAGGAGAACAAGUUCCGCGACCGCGCCUACAGCGAGAGCGGCGAGCAGCUGCAGCAGAAGCCGGGCUCGCAGAUCAACUCCACCCGCUACAAGACGGAGCUCUGCAGGCCCUUCGAGGAAAACGGAGUGUGCAAGUACGGCGAGAAGUGCCAGUUCGCGCACGGCUACCACGAGCUGAGAAGCCUGUCUCGCCACCCGAAGUACAAAACCGAGCCCUGUCGCACUUUCCACACCAUCGGCUUCUGCCCGUACGGCCCGCGCUGCCACUUCAUCCACAACGCCGACGAGCGCAGACCAGCGCCGAGCAACGCCAACAGCGUGCAGGUAGAGUCCCCCAAGUCCGCCCGAGGGGAGCCGAUGAGCGGCUACGGGCAACAGGGAGCCUUCAGGGAGCGACCGAAACUCCACCACAGCCUCAGCUUCUCGGGUUUCUCCAGCCAGCACCACCACGGACUCGACUCCCCCCUUCUCGAGAGCCCCACGUCCCGAACCCCCCCUCCCGCUUGCUCCAAUGGUUCCUCCUGCGCCACUAACUUCUACGAAGACGUUCUCUCGUCGACUCGCAACAGUGCCUUCUCUUUCCCCAGCCAAGACCUCAAAGCCCUGCUCGCGCCGCUGGCCGUGCACACGCACAACGGUUAUUACGGAAACCUUCAGGUCAACAUGGGCGAAGGCCUCGGCCACUUGCAGUCCCUCCAGCGCCUGUCCGAGUCGCCGGUGUUCGACUCGCCCCCCAGCCCGCCUGAGAGCAUCUCGGACCGGGAGAGCUACGCCAGCGGCUCGCUCAGCUCCUCCGGAAGUCUCAGCGGCUCCGAGUCUCCCACUCUGGACGGCGGGAGGCGUUUGCCCAUCUUCAGCAGGCUGUCGAUUUCCGAUGAUUGAUCGGCUUUUUUUUUUUUUAAUGGACUCGAUAGCAGAGGAGUCUCCCGUUAGAUAUGUAGUUCAGACUCAGCAAUAGACUUUAAUAUCGAGGGAGAUGGAUUUGUAUGUCAGACGCUGACAUGGCAUUACUGUUUGAACUGCUUUGAAGGCAUUCCACCGGUGCAGUUUGUUGCAUUCUCUUGGUCUUUUUGGACCACUACUUUCCAGAUUUGUACAAAAGACAAUUUUUUUUUAACGUGAAAGACAGAGCGGUUUAAGAUUUUCCUUCAUCCUUGCCAAGAAUAUGCCUUGACACAAAGUAUAGUAGUUUUCAAAGUAUGUACAUCCAUUCCAAAAGUUAUCCAGUUUCGCGGCGCCAUCCAGUGGUAUGAUUGGUUUGUGCAGUUUGAAGCUUUCUCUUUUGGCUUGUUGGGAAAUCACUGCUGAUGGUUGAAUUGUUUUCUUUUCUUUUUUUUUUAGCUUAUGAGUGAUUUAAAUAGCAGUGCAUAACUGUCUAUGAACUAUUUAACUUAUUUAUUUUAUCUUGUGAAAAGUAUAGGCUACAUUUGUUAAUUGUGUCCAUACUGUAUUUAUCGAGUAUGAUGAAGCAAUAGAUCUAUAUUCUUUUAUUAUUUUUAAAUUAUGAUCGCCAUUAUUAAUCUACAUAAAGUGGAGUGUAUGUUAUUUUCACAGUAAUAUAUAUUUUUGUUUGGUUUCUUUUUGUAACUUCACUUUAUUUUAUUGUAAAUGAGUAAAACAAACAAACAAAAAUCUUAAUUUAAGAGAUUGUAUGUGAUAUUUAUUUCAUUAAUUUUGUUUUCCUUGUUUACGUUCAUUAAAAAAAAAAACGUUUGCGUGAUUUGCUGUUUGUUGGGAUGUUACUUUCCGGAAGUGUUUGUUUGUUUGUUGUCAUUUUGGAGAAUCAGACGUGUCCCUUUAGGUUUGUCUCUAGAAUGUAUAAACUGUGGUUGGCAGAGGACCGUCCGAACGUGUACUAGCCUUAAUUUUUCAUAGAAAUCAGAUUUCAAAGAUCCCAAGUAAAUCGAUUAACCAAAAAGUAUUUUUAUUUUUUUUAAUACGUAUGUCUAUACAAUGCACAGCAGCCACGUGCAUGAGAAUGUAGCAGACCAGAGCCCCAGUGUAUUACUGCCUAGUGCCUGUGGGGAUUCACCAUCUUACAUUGCCUUAUGAUUAACCAAAUAAAGUAUUUUCAUACAUGUUAUUGUUUUACAACAAGAGGAAAUGAAUGUAGUUUGUAAUUUAAACUUUUUGGAAGGUUGUUACCACUUAUCAAAGGAGAGAAAUAGAGACUUGGAGCAAAUAAUCUGAGUUGUAUUUUUUUCUAUUACUCCCUGUUCCUUGCAUUGUUUUGCCUUUUCGUUUGUUCUCUUGCUUUCCUAUGAUAUGGUAAUGGUCUGAAUCUUCCAAACUUGCUGGACGGGGAAGAGUUUGAACACAUUUGGUUUGUACAUAGUAGGUACAGGGGAUUCGCACUAUGUACCUUUUUGACUACUUUAUCAGAAGUAAAGCUUUUUGAAUGUAAUAAAAAAAAAAAAAAGACAAAAAGAACAGGAUUUGUAACAUAUUUGUUUUUCGGGGAGUCAGUUCACUACAAAUUGCGUGUGAGACUGUUAACUUUGUACUGUACAUUUUUGUAGUUCUCCCAAUAAAAUAAUUUUGGAAAAAACAAACAAACGUUGGAA